UGAGGAAGAAAGACGCAAAAGAAUGAAGCCUGCUUUUGACAAAGAAUGUGAAUGGAUUGCGUUCACUCUGCAUCCCUCUUUAUAUGAAUGAUAGAGGGAAGUCGAGAAGGGAUGCAUUUGUUUUAACAGAAACUCUGAACGGCGAAGCUGGAUGAAGUAAUCGGAAAGGCCACGAAAGAGGAAGACUUUAGGUUACGGUGUGUCAAAGCUGAUAUGGCAUCUUAAAACAAUUUGAUUAGCUGCAAUUAAUUUGCAUACGUAGACACGCUAAGAAGGCUUAGUAUUCUACUUUUAGUAUAGUUUAGAUACACCUAAAAAGUAUUCUAAUGUUUAUUUAGUUUUGUUCUAUUUUGCAAAUCACUAUUAUAUAAGAGCACAUUUUAUUCUAUAACAACAUAUGAAUAGAAACCUCAUAAAUAAUAAUAAUCUUCUUUAUCAGUGUUUUGUUUGGAUAAAUAUAAUUAAUAGGAUUUUUAUCUAUGCGUGCAUACAUAGAUUAUGCACUUUGAAUUUGUUAAAUUUAUUGUUCUUAUUGUAUGUCUAUAAUAAUGUUAAUUCUUGGUUUAGAAUUUUAAUGAAUUGAUUAGCCACUAUGAUUUCACUUUUUGGGAACUGCUAGAGAUGACAUCUGUAAAAUUGACAUGCAUCUCAGUUCAUGCGUUGUCGACAACACCCUUUUUUCUUUGGUAAAUCGAGACAGUAUAGGUUUGUUUCGGUAGAAGGAUCGUGGAAGCGUAUAAAAGGCGGUGAUAUCCAUCAUCUCACUUGAGCGCGUUGGAUCCAACCUUGUUGGAACUGUCAAGUCUCAUGUACAAGAUGUGCACCAAAGCCAAACUCAUCGGUUUGAAGGCGCGUUUCCAACCCAUCUCAUCAGUCUGAUGAGAUGAUUAUUUAUGGAUUCUUCUUUUGCUUUCAUCUCAUGAAACUCUUUUCAUGUCUUUAGUUUCUAGAUUAUAGAUUAUAGAUUAUGUUUGUUUGUGUUUUCUUUGAUUGACUAAACAUAUUUUUUACUUUUGAAUUGAACUCUUUCAUGUAUUUGCUUCGAUGUAAGGAAAAUGAUAGUUGUAUACAUACAAUUGAUGUUUCUAAGCAUAUGAAACCAAUGAAAAUAAGUAUAUUGAUGAUUCUACUUAAUAUAAACAUGUGUUAAAUCAUAUCUUGAUAUCAUACAUUUGGGUAUAAAUUUAACAAGUUGUAUAUGUAAGAUUAUGGGGCUGAAUUUUCAUGUUUUGUAUGUUUACAUUGAUUUGAGACAUUCUUUUUCCUCUCGACUUGAGACACAUUCCGUUUUUAUUUGUUUUCUUUGCUAUAUAUCUCAAGUGAUUAUUUUAUAGAUAAAGUUUUUAAUAGAAUUCUUUUUAAUUUUUAUGUUUUUUCUUCUAACCUUAUUUUCUCUUCUUUUAAACAUUUUUCUUCUGCAAAACAUAUAUAUUUGUAAAAACAUUUUUCUAAGUCAUGGUUUUAAAUGUGGAAUAGACUAAUUUUUUAACUUUCUGCUUUCUACUUUAAAAAUAAAUUGAAGUUAGAAUUUUAAAAUAUAUACAAGCUAUUAAAUAUCUAGUUAAUUGUUGUUUCUUUCUAAUUAUAUUUUAAUUACAGUUUUUAUAAUAUUUAAUCAAAAUUUUAUUAUUAAAGUAGCUAUGAUUUUUACUGGAAAUUUUUUUCAAUUAUUUAUGAUCGUUGUAAACUAAAAUCAUUAUAAGCCAAUAUGACAUUAUUGAGUAAAUUAGAUGUAUAACUUGUCCAUUUUCAUAGGUUCCGCAAAUUAAGAUUUCAAGAUCCCCUUUCUCUUGCCCUCGUAAAACCCUCCAACUCGACAUUGGCCUAAUUGGCUGGGCCGAAUUGUCCUAGGCCGAGUUGUUGGUUGAUAUUGAGUCGAGCUCUGUAUUUGAUGGGUCUUGAUGGGGUAUGCAAUUCUUCUCUAACAUAUACAUUGUGAUUUUCAGGUUAUGAAUGGUACGAAGAUGAACUAUGCAUUCUUUAACAUUCGAAAGAAAUUUUACCAUUCAUAAGAAAUAGUUUUUCCUUUUCGUUACUACUCAUAUUUUUUAUUUUAGAAAAAUAUAAAAUAAAUUUGUUCACUAUAUAUGAUAAGAAAUUACCGUCUUCUUCAGUCAUAUAAUUUCAUUCAUGUUCGUUCUUUUCCUAAUAUGUUCCCAAUGUUCAGGUGAUGGUUACUAGUUAGACCAUAUGUGAAUUUCGUAUCAAAUUUGGCUAAAAAGGCUGAAUGUUUAUGAUUUUAAGUGAAUAUUUUAAUCCAAUUUGGCUAAAAAGGCUGAAACUUUAAGUUUUUGAUUGAUCUUUUCUGACAUAUGCAGUGAAGGUUCCUGAGUUCUUGAGUGGAAUUGGAAGAGGAGUUGAGACUCACAUUCCAAAACUUGAAACCGCGAUAGGUGAUCUUUUGAAACUGCUUGUGGCUCGUACGCUAAACAUGUAAGUUUUAUCACGUCUCUCUUCUAGUACUGUAUGGUUUACACAGAUUGCGAUCGCAUUUUUUGUAUUGUUGUUGUAGAAAAGUAGGACACUUAGGGUCCCAGAUUUCAGGGGAUUAAUAAUAUAUAUGUUAGAACCUUGAGUUUGUUCCAUUACAUAAUUUCAUGUGGUAACUAUACAAAUCAAGGAGAAGAGGAGAGAAAAGUUUGAGUUCUUGAACUUUUCAAGCACAAAGAGAUUGAUGUAGAUGUACCUAUAGUUCUAUCCUAGUCCUGGAACUUGGGUUUAGCUUGCUAGUGGGGAGUAUCAUUAUUAUCACCCAAAACAAAAUGCUUACAUGUUUGCUUGUUCAUACUUCCAGUCACUAUCACAUGUUUUGAAUUCUGGUUUUGCAGAGAAAACUGAUACUAAAAUAUAGCCACAAAUACAGGCUAGGGCUAUGGAGACCUAGAGCUGACGCUAUAAAGGCGUGAUUGUUUCUUUUCUUCGUUCGGAUUGUUAUCAUAAUAGAGUUGUUAUCAAUUAAAAAGGCUCUUGGUUCAUGGGGCUCACAAAUGGAUUGGUGUCCCGGUUAUUAAGAACCAAACCGUUGGCCAACCAAGGGACUUGUUAAGGUCUGACAAUGAUUUGAGUAAAGAAGGAGAAAUGUACGUGAGUGAGAGAGAUAAGAAAAUGUUUUUUUUUUAACAUUAAGAAAAUGUUUUUGCAACUGUUUUUUAAUGAUCUCUUUGGAUAACCAUAAACAUAAGGUUUGUUGCAUACUUAUGGGUUUCCUUUCUCUAAUAAAACCAUAAACGAAAGCCCACAAGGCCCAUCUUAUUCAAGACUAUCCACCAAGUGUUUAAGAUAACCAAACCAGAAAUCAUGUAAAUCAAUAUAUGCAUUUGGACUCUCACAACUCUAAAAGACCACAUCAGCUUCUUCUAAUAACCACUCUUAGAUACCCUAAGCCUUAUCAAACCAAUCUUACUACCUAUAUUAUCAACCAACUUUAUCACCACAAAACCACAAAAAACAACAAAAACUUAUAGUUCUCUUGUAGCUACUUCAAAGAUGAUCAAAACAAUGUUCUACACCUUCUUUCGAACAAAACACCAAGAAGAAAACGCCAACAAUGAUCAACUACUUCCUCAAGAAAUCGAUAUCCGUCCCAUAACUCCUUAUCCUUGGGAUAUCACCAAAACCCUAUCGCCCCAUGAAGUAUGGUACGGAGGCAAACUCCAACUUCCAAUGUUGUAUAUCGAGGCUACUAUACUGAGACACAUACCAGAUGUCAUGUAUUUAGCACAUAUGAGUAUUAUUGGUCAUUUCGAUGUAAAGGUGAAUGAUCUCGAUACAAACACAGUCCACACUCUUUCAUUCUGGAAGGACAUUCAUGAAGAUAAUUUUGCUACGAGUGAAACCUGGAUCGAAGAAUUUGUGAAGAGGAGGAGUCUUGUGGCUGGCAUGGUGAUUAGUAUGUAUUGGGAUUUUAACGUUAACAUGCUUUGUUUCUCGGUGUUGGAAUGAAUGGUGUGGGUGAGUAGAUUCAAAAUGAUAUGCUAAAGAUCAUUGAUAUAUUCAAUAAAAAGUUUAAUGACAUGUAAAACAAUAUAUUUGUUUUAUCUUGGGGAAGUAGGGGUGAUUAGAAAAUAAAUGUAUUAGAUUAUAUGUAGAACUUGUGUUUCUCUUAUGCAUUCCAGUUGAUGAUGAAUGGGAAUAUCAGUGUCUAUGACUUAUUUUUCUUUGGAAGUAUGCAUUAUGCAUGAAUUAAACUUUGCAUUAGAUACAAACAUAUAUUUCAUAGUUGUUUCGAUACAGUUGCACGCCAAAAAAAAACUAUACAGAUAUUCAAAAUCUAUACAGCAACGUCUUAAUUAACUGUAAAAUAUGUAAAGAUAAGUAAAUGACCGUUAAACUAUGUUAGGGUGGUAGUUCACUGGCGCUCGAAGGAAUAAAUCCAAGAUGGUGAACCUUGGUUCGAAUCCCGCUGACCACACGGAUAUGAGCUAUUGCUUUCGGUUCAUUUGAAUGUCCAAGAGAUGAUUUAUCCGUGAGUUUUACCUCCACCCGGGGUUAGGUCUGUGUCUUUAAUAGACCCGGAUUUAACCCUUUAAAAAAAAAACUAUGUUAUAGUUAUUUCAGUAUCAUUAUCGUUGUGCACUAAAAAUAUAUAAAUGUAAAUAUUCAAUAUUUAUAUAAUAAUGUCUAAUAACAGGUAAAAUUUAAAGACGUUAAAUGGCCAUUAAAGUAUGUUAUAGUUGUUUCAAUAUUGCCCACCAAAAAAAUCUAUAUGAAUAUUCAAAAUAUAUAAAAUAACAUUUUAGUUAUAAGCCAAAUGAUAUAUUUAUAAUAAGAAGACAAUUUCUUUAUAUGUUUUGUCAAUUUUAUAAACUCAAGCUGAUUCAUGAAAAUUUAAAUUAGCUGGUUUAAAAUAAAUUUUAAUUGUCUUUAAAUGUAUGUGAUAGGUGAUGAAAUUGUGUAUUUUAAAAUAAAUUAGAAUCCGUAACAUUUUAAUAUAUGAUAUAUUAUAUUUUCUUACAAUUUUAAUCAUUAACAAAUAUUUAUAUUAAUAUAUGUGUUCAUAAUAUUAAAAUUAAAAUGAUAAAUGAAGACAUUGGAAGUUUUCUUUCUCUCCAUUUGUAUGAUUCUAACAUAUAAGCAAAAAAAAAAAUAUAUAUAAACUUUUCAACUGGAACAAUCAAAACUGAAAUAUAUUUUACAUUUUUGGAAAUGAUUUUCUUUAAAAUUUUACUUUAUAUAGGAUUAUGGGAUGCAUGAAUCUACUCUAUUAAAAUUACAUUUCAAAUCCAAAUUUGGAACAUAAGAAAAAAAAGAAGAACAUAAGAAAAAAAAAGAAAAAAAUUAGCUGGCCUUUCUCUAGAAAACAAAAGGAAACAAAAAAUUACCUGGUUUGACUUUCUUAAUAGACAAGUUGGAAAACAUAGAAAUUUAAUCCUGACUUUAUUUCCAAAAAAAAAAAAAACGGUUUCAUUCUUAUCUUUCCACUAAACAUUAUCU